UUCCUGCGGGGCUUCCAUCGCAUUCUCUCUCCUUAAAUCAGAAUAUUAGAUAUGGAGGUUUUGUGGCGUUAUGUGCGCUCCCAUGGCUACAUCUUUGAGCCCUUUGACUACUGACAUAUCUAAUGUUUGAAGCAAAACCUGUUUCAUGUGUUUCAAAAUUUGUCUGCUGGUACUCGCUUUAUUAGGUCCAUCCCAUCCAUUCUCUUAUUCUUUAGUGCUACCAAACCCAAUACUCAUUUUCUGCGUCGCUUCCCUCUCCUUACCUUCCACUGUUUCCCACACUUGCAGUGAUCCGCCGACACCCCCUUUAAAAACAACCCAACUGCACUUUCACCCUCGAAUCGCUUUUCUCAUCACUGUUUCUCUUGUCUUGCUUCUUGCCUUGUCGUUUGCAAUGGGGUUGUUGUUCAGAUGCUACAGACUCAGGAAACUCGAACGCCGUAAAUCGACGUCAACCGUUCAACCUGAUCAAAUCAAGGGAAACGAUCUUGGCGUCGACGGUGAAGGGUUUGUCAGGAAAUUCAGAUGGGAAGAGAUUAAAGCUACCACUAAGGAUUUCUCCCGUGUGAUUGGUCAGGGUGGGUUUAGCAAUGUCUACUUGGCUAACUUGUCUGGUUCUAGCCGUGGAGCAGUUAAGAUCCAUGCCGCUAGUGAUCGACUAAACCAAGUGUUCAAACAGGAACUGGACAUUUUACUCCGACUUCGUCAUGAUAAUAUCGUUAAGCUUCUUGGUUACUGCGAUGAUCUUGAGGAAGGGGCCAUGGUAUUUGAGUACGCUCCUAACGGGAACUUACAAGAGAAACUACACGAAAGGGAAAAGGAAGUGCUUUCGUGGAAAACCCGCACUUACAUAGCUUUCCAACUUGCUCAAGCAAUCGAAUACCUACACGAAAAGUGCACCCUCCAAAUAGUUCAUGGGGACAUCAAGCCAUCUAAUGUCUUGCUAGACCAGUAUUUUAAUUGCAAGCUGUGCGAUUUUGGGUCAGCGAAGAUGGGGUUUUCUUCAACGGUGGUGCCGCCAUCUUGUUCCAGGACGAAGCAAGUAAUGGUUGGGUCACCAGGUUACACUGACCCUCAUUACUUGAGAACUGGAUUGGCCUCCAAAAAGAACGAUGUUUACGGCUUGGGUGUUAUUAUCUUGGAACUCGUGACUGGAAUGAAGGCCUUUUGUCCAGAAAAGGGACACCUGUUGACUUCAAUUGUGGCACCCAAUUUAAGGGGCAUAAGUGAGCAUGGGGCGGAGGAGAAAGUGGCACAAUUGGUGGAUCCACGUCUGGCUGGAGAGUUUGACUUGGAAGAAGCCAGGUGUUUGCUUUCAAUUGCUGCACUUUGCCUACACCAGUGUCUCACUGUUAGACCUUCUGCUUCUCAAAUCAUUGAAAUGAUUAAGGAGAAAAUCACUUCCAUCGGCUUCCUGUUCACACAAGCCAAAGAUUGCCAUUAGCAGCUAAUUGAGGGUGAUUGGGAUUAUGCUUUCAAAUUUGAAAUUGUUCAUAAUUAGUUUACCACAUUUUUCUUGUGAGUAGAUUUGGGAAGUCAAAAUCAGGGCAUUUACUGCAGAAAGUAAGCCCCUGAAUUAGAGAAGGAACGAGAUUAUUAUGGAAAUCUUUAGUACAUGUAAUUAAAUAUUUGGGAUACAAGUUUGUUUUACUGUAAGUGGAUAGACAUUGGACAGCUGAAUUGGAUUUUGAUUGUUUAAUUUAGAGAUUCGGUUAUGGCUUUCUUAAAAUAAGAAUCCCACUUGUAACACUCUUACGGAAGCUUUUAUUUAGGUGGUGAGGAAAUGAAAAUGUAAUUAUAUUUUCUUGUAAUUAUAAAAAUUUGUAAUUUUUUUGAUGUAUUUGGUUAAUAGAUUGUAAUUUUAUCGUAA